AUGGUCUCUUUUGCUUUCUUCCAAAUCCAACCACUUCAGAGAUCAAACCAACCAAAUUCUCCUAUUUCCUUUUUCAAUGGUAAUAUUGCCCAGUACUGCUCUUUGCCAAAGAAGAAUAUGAUUAUUGCAUCAGAACUCUCUACAUCUGAGAGAGCUCCAUCUCCUCCAAAGCUUCCCAACAUAGGGUCUGAUAGAGAUACUAAUAGUGAAGGAUUAGGAAAAGGAGCUCUAGAAUUUUUAGAGUCAUUUCUUUCUUUCUUCUCCACCUCCCUGCUUUACUUCAUCAACCCUCCUCUACACCCUUCUGUUGAUCCCAAACAUGUCCUCACCGGAAACUUUGCUCAGGUGGAUGAGCUUCCUCCUAUCGACUGUCUGGUGGUGGAAGGAGAGCUUCCACAAUCCCUUAAUGGCACCUAUAUUCGAAAUGGUCCCAACCCUCUUCACCAACCCCGUGGUCCUCAUCACUUGUUUGAAGGUGAUGGCAUGCUACAUUCAAUUAGGUUAUCAGAUGGUCGAGCCACCUUCUGUAGUCGCUAUGUUAAGACUUAUAAGUAUGCUCUUGAGGACAAUGUUGGCUUCCCAAUAUUCCCCAAUAUAUUAUCAGGCUUCCAUAGUGUUGUUGAUUUAGGUCGUUGUGCCAUAGCUAUUGGGAGGGUUAUGAAGGGCCAGAUUGAUCUUAGGAAAGGUUUUGGUCUAGCCAACACUAGCCUUUCUCUCUUUUCAAAUAGGCUUUUCGCCCUUGGAGAAUCCGAUCUCCCAUAUUCAAUUCAUCUAAGUGAGGAGGGUGAUAUUGAGACAAUUGGGCGAUGUGAUUUUGAUGGGAAGGCAUUCAUAAACAUGACUGCUCACCCCAAGAUUGACCCCGAAACAGGUGAGACUUUUGCCUUCCGGUGCAGCCCAAUUCCUCCCUACAUCACCUUCUUUUCCAUUGAUAAGGAAGGCUCCAAACAGCAGGAUGUUCCCAUAUUCUCCAUGACCGAUCCCACUUUUGUCCAUGAUUUCUCCAUUACAAAACAAUAUAUAGUAUUCUCAGAGUCACAGAUAGAGAUGAACCCCUUAAGACUCAUGAUGUGUAAAGGAAUGCCAGUGAGUGCUGAGCUAGACAAGGUUCCGAGAAUUGGAGUGCUUCCACGGUAUGCAUCAACUGACUCCGAAAUCCGGUGGUUCGAGGCGCCUGGUUUUAAUGCAAUGCAUGCCAUCAAUGCAUGGGAAGAAGGGGAUGAAGAGAUCAUCCUGGUUGCACCCAAUGCCAUAUCCAUAGAGAACCUCUUUCACAGCAUAGAAAAGGUCCAUUUCUCAUUAGAAAAGGUGAGAAUCAACUUGAGGAGUGGCUCAGUCACAAGAACCACCCUUUCACAGAAGAAUUUGGAGUUGGGCUCAAUAAACCCUAGCUACGUGGGGAAGAGAAACAGGUAUGGUUAUAUGGGUAUAGGGAAAAUGAUACCAAAAAUGAGUGGGGUUGUGAAAAUUGACUUGGAGUUGGAGUGUGAAGUGUCAAGAAGGCUAUAUGGAGCUGGGUGCUUUGGAGGAGAACCCUUGUUUGUGGCGAAGGAUGGUGCAAGUGAGGAGGAUGACGGGUACAUAGUGUCAUACGUGCAUGAUGAGAAGAGUGGAGCCUCAAGGUUUGUGGUGAUGGAUGCCAAGUCACAAACCCUUGAUGUUGUCGCAGCAGUGAAGCUUCCUAGAAGAGUGCCUUAUGGCUUCCAUGGCCUUUUUGUGAAAGAUGGGGACAUCAGAGAGAUUCACUAA